GUAAUGAUGUAAGAUGUACACCAAUUAGUUCACUGACAUGGGUGGUCAUGAGGGAGAAAAGGGUGGAAUUACUGUGACCUGGGAGAAUUUGGAGGCCAUUGUUACAAAUGGAAAGAAUAGAAAACUAAUUCUGCAUGGACUUACAGGUUAUGCUCAGCCAGGGAAGCUUUUGGCAGUAAUGGGUCCUUCAGGCUGUGGCAAAUCCACACUCCUUGAUGCUUUAGCAGGAAGGUUGAAAUCAAACAUACAGCAAUCAGGGAAAAUUCUAAUCAAUGGCAAAAAACAAGCACUGGCUUAUGGAACAUCGGGCUACGUAACACAAGAUGAUGCUAUGCUGUCAACUUUAACAGCUGGUGAAACUUUAUACUACUCAGCUCAACUUCAAUUUCCAAACUCAAUGUCUAUAGCAGAGAAGAAGAGGCAAGCAGACAUCACACUCGCAGAAAUGGGCCUGCAGGAUGCUAUUAACACAAGGGUUGGAGGGUAUGGUUCCAAAGGCCUAAGCGGGGGGCAAAGAAGGAGACUAAGCAUUUGCAUUGAGAUUCUAACUCACCCUAGACUUCUUUUCCUUGAUGAACCAACUAGUGGACUUGAUAGUGCAGCUUCCUACUAUGUUAUGAGCAGGAUCGCAAGUUUAAGUCUAAGGGAUGAUAUUCAAAGGACAAUUGUUGCAUCCAUACAUCAGCCUAGUAGUGAAGUUUUUCAACUUUUUGAUGACCUCUGUCUUCUUUCCUCUGGGGAGACGGUAUAUUUUGGUACAGCAUCUGAAGCAAAUCAGGUUUUUGCUUCAAAUGGUUUCCCUUGCCCAACUCACUAUAAUCCUUCUGAUCACUACUUAAGGAUCAUAAACAAUGAUUUUGAACAGGACACUGAAGAAGGCUUUGGUAAAGGAGUAAUUACUGAAGACGCAAUUGGUAUCCUUGUAAAUUCUUAUAAAGAAUCUGAAAUUAAACGUCAAGUUUUGAUUGAAGUUGCAAAAAUAAGUGAAAGAGAUUUGAGUGCAAUAAGGAAUAGGAGGACCCAUGCUCCAUUUCAGACUCAGUGCAUGGUUCUUAUAAAAAGAUCGUCCCAACAAUUGUAUCGUGAUAUCAGCAAUUACUGGUUACGUCUUGUAGUCUUUGUUGCCAUUGCUAUAAGCCUAGGCUCUAUCUUUUACCAAGUCGGUUCAAGUACUCGAUCUAUUCAGGUUAGAGGAUCGCUACUUUCAUUUUUUAUGUCAGUUUUGACUUUCAUGACACUCGUUGGUGGAUUCUCUCCCUUGAUUGAGGAAAUGAAGGUAUUUAAACGAGAGAGAUUAAAUGGGCACUAUGGUAUUACUGCUUUUCUCAUUGGCAAUAUAUUAUCUUCUAUUCCAUACAUGGUAAUGAUCUCUCUCAUUUCCGGAUCAAUAGUGUGUUACCUUUCUGGACUACACAAAGGACUAGAGCACUAUCUAUACUUUGCUUCUAUCCUAUUUGCCAUUAUGAUGUGGGUUGAGAGCCUUAUGAUGGUUGUGGGGAGUAUCUUCCCAAAUUUUGUGAUGGGGGUGAUCAUUGCUGGUGGAGUUGAAGGACUUGCGAUUUUAACAGGUGGAUUCUAUCGAAUUCCUAGUGAUCUUCCAAAGCCAUUAUGGAAGUACCCUUGCUACUACAUUUCCUUCCUCACUUAUGCUUUUCAAGGAUCCUUCAAGAAUGAAUUUGAAGGCUUAACAUUUGUUGGGUAUCAAGAAGGAGGUACCAUAACCGUUAGCGGUAGAGAUGUACUAACAGAUAUAUGGCAUGUGCAAAUAGGUCACUCGAAGUGGGUUGAUCUUUUUAUCAUGUUUGGUAUGAUUGUUGUUUAUCGAGUUCUAUUCUUGGUCAUCAAUAAGGUCAAGGAGAAGUCAAACCCCGCUGUUCCGUCCAUAAAUCGAUCCCAAGCAAAAACUUUCUCUAGAACCAAUAUGGAUGAACUCUAAAUAAUGUUCUACAUGGAUAAUAAAGGAUAUGAUAUUAUGAAAAAAUUACAAGUCAAUUGUAACUUAAAAUAUUAUACUUGUACUUUGAGUGUGGUUGUUUAGCUCAAGUAAUAAAGAGUGCUAUAUUAAAUUUGUAAGGACUCAAAGCAACAAUUUCCCAAGUUCUAAGUUAAUGAAGGAAAAAUUUAGAUCUA